AUCGUUGCUCCAACCGCUGCAGAACUACAGGACAUGGAAAAGGAAGGACUUCUGGAUUCUCUGGUCAGCUCAAACCCAUCACUUUCAGAUAUGGUGUUGUCUGUGAAGCUUUCCAUGCUUCAGAGCAGCAUCACUCUGACUGAAAUCAGCGGAACGAGUGCUUCAAGCACGGGCAGCAGCGAACUCACGUCGGCAAUUGAUUCCAUGUCAUCGACUUUGGCGACAGCAGGAGAAUCUUUGCUCACUGUAAACAUGGCCUCUCCGCAACAAAUGACUUCAGCUGCGAUGCAGGUUUCAGGGCUCUUCUCUGCUGUUCCUGCAGGCAGUCCCGCGGUGGCAGCCAUCAGUCCGUCGCUUCUUUUGGCAGCCAGCGCCAUCUUCGAGGUUUGCAAAUUAGAAGCUCUACGGUGCGUCAACGCUACCACAGCCGGAGUGUCCAAUAAAACCGAGAGGGUUCUGUACUCCACGAUCUUACCUUCGCCGAGUUCAGAUUUUUCCUUUGUGGAAAUUCGCAUGGAGGAUUUCUCUGAGCCCCCACCCGGACUGCACUAUAUCAUUGGCAGAACGAUGAAACCCAGCUUGAUCAAGGGUUACUUCGAACCCGGAAACGUGGCCCGUAUUGCAGACUUGCAACGCAUGGAUGAGUUCUACGUGAAUGUGUUGACGUGGCCGAACGGAACUGGGCCUAUUCACGUCGGAUUGUUUGAGCUAAAAGAUGGACUAGUUCUCGAAGAAGUGAUCAAGCAAUCGAAUUGGGAUAACUUGCCGUCAUUCUUCAAAGCAAAUUUUUCGAAGAACUACUGUGUUCGGGUCACCGACGGAGGUGUCAAUUACUUCAACGGAACCGGUUGGAACAACCGCGGAAUAAAAGUGAAGGCAAUAACUCCGACUGGCAUUGUUUUUACAACGAGCCAUUUGAGUACCUUCGGGUCGGGCUUCUUCGUCCAACCGAAUGCCAUCGAUUUCAGC